AUGAGGCUAUCAGCCAUGUCGAUGCCGCAAGCCGGCUCAGUCAACUUCCUGGACAGCAACGGGAAGCCCUGCCCCGCUCAGAUGGCCAACAUCUUGCUGGGCACCAACGAGCCCGACAUCUACGGCAGCUGCAUGGGAGACAUGUUUGGGAAGUGCACGUCCCACUGUGACACACAAGUGGACUGCCCGGCUGCUCGUUUGUUUCCUACGGAUGAGAUUCAUGCCCAGCCCAACUCGCGCGGCGAAUGUAAUUGCUGGCAGUACUCCCACGCCACAGGCGCUGGCUUUUGGCCUUUGGCGGGAUGCCAGGCCAGUCAGCCGCUCCCUAAGAUGUGGGAGGACCCGGGCUGUGUGGGCACUGUGAUGCAGAACUGGAAGCAGACUGCUCAACUGGCCUAUGCCAAGGGAUACAAGUACUUGUCGACUCCCUUGGUGGCCGAGAAUUUGGACUAUGCCAAGUCUUUCAUUGAGCACGCCUGCGGCUGCAGUGGGGGUCAAUGCAGCUGCCAGGAUGCCAGCUGCGGUUGCCCGGUCUACGUGGGCUUUCACUUCUAUGCCUAUGACUGCAUGCCGGAGGGCACCGGUGGCUAUGAGACCUUGCAAGAGCGUUUGGACGCCACAGCGCGAAUCAUGGAGCAAUACCCCUUCGUCAAGGGUGCCAUCAUUAAUGAGGUUGGCAUGCUGAACUGUGCCUCUGAAGACAAGAACCCCAUUUGCGUGCCAGAUUCUGGGAGGUAUCCGGCGAAUCAGCAGAAGGACCACAGCUGCCCAACAACAGAGGAUCUGCCUCAUGGCAUGGCCAGUUUCAUCAAUGGGCUCAUGGAUCGUAUCAUCCAGGCACAAACCAGCGAUGGGCGAAAGGUGGUCAAGUCGCUGUCGUGGUUCAACGCCAAUCAAGAUGGAGGUGUCUACAACCUCCUUUUGUUCAACAGUGAUGGCAGCCUCAACGAGGCGGGUGAAGCAUACCUUUCUGCCUGCAGCCGCUGGCGGGGACGGUGA